GAAGCAGCAAACUUAAUUGACUCCGUUUUAUCCAUGAAGGGUCCCUGAAGUGUAAUCCGGGUCAAAUUUAAUCUAAUCUUCUAGUUACCGCGGUUAUUACAGUUGAUUUAACUCACGUUUUUUGUAUUUAGUUUUGCCUGUGAGUGGUUUAUCAGUAUAAAAUGCUGGGUAAUCUGAACAUUUGUCGCUACUUAAUACUAUUACCUAUGCUUAAAGUGAAGUGCUAUUAUUAUGAGGAACAGAAACCUAUUUAUUUAACGGCGGCCGUAGGCGAUUAUGUUAUAUUUAACUGCAACAUUGACUUUCCACAAAAUAUUCCCAUACCGUAUAUGCUAAACUGGAAAAAGGAUGGCAAAACCAUAUUCUCAUGGUACGAUGGGGUGAUGACGUCUACGGAUCCAUUUGUUGGUAGGAUUGAUUUAGUUAAUGUUGCCAGUAUAGGAGAUCGUCGUUAUGGAAAAGCCUCCGUAAAUUUAACAUCAAUUCGAGAUACAGAUAGUGGAUGGUUUGAAUGUGAAGUACUAUUUCCAAAUAGAACACCUAGUUCACGAAAUAAUGGUACAUGGUUUCAUUUAACAGUAAAUGGGGGUAACUUAUUAGCAAUUCCUCCAAUUAAUCAAACAACACUUGAAGGUGAAGAAGCAAAAUUUAUAUGUUUGGUAAAAGACCCUGACUUAAAAGUGAUUUGGUAUAAAGAUGGGAUCCCGUUGAAAGAAUUCCAGGAUUUAAUAAAAAGAUCUUAUAUAACUAAAGAAAACACUCUAGUUAUCAAUCCGACAGAUAUGGGUGAUUGCGGAGAAUAUGAAUGUGAAGUUACAAAUAUUGAAGGAGAGAAGCAAACAGCCAAAGCUUUUCUAAACGUUCAAUAUCAAGCUAAAGUAAUUUUUGCUCCACCUGAAAUACACUUACCAUAUGGUCGUCCAGCUUUAAUAGACUGUCACUUUCGAGCCAAUCCCCCAUUAACCAACCUUCGCUGGGAAAAAGAUGGUUUCCUUUUUGAUCCAUACAAUAUCCAAGGUGUAUUUUAUAGAAGAAACGGCAGCUUAUAUUUCACCAAAGUUGACGAAAGUCACAAUGGACGUUACACUUGCACUCCUUUUAACGAAUUAGGUACUCAAGGUCCGUCAUCACCAAUAUUUGUUACUGUCCAACGCCCUCCCGUGUUUGUCGUAACUCCUCAUAAUUUAUAUAUAAGAAAGCUUGGGGAAACAAUUGAAAUGCCGUGUAACGCACGCGAUGGUGAAAACGGUCAUAAACCUAUUAUAUUAUGGUACAAAAAAAACGGUGCCUCGCUUCCUAUGGGACGGUAUUCGAUAAGGGAUGGAAAUUUGACUAUUAUAAAUAUUCAAGAAGAAGACAGAGGGAUUUAUCAGUGCUCUGCUACUAACAAAGCAGCAACAAUUACAACUGAAACUGAACUAUUGGUUGAAAACAUUCCAUCAAGUGCACCUUCGAAUUUAACUGCAGUAUCGUCAGCUACCUCAAUACAUUUAGCGUGGCUGCCAGGAAGACAAAAACAUACCGUUGAAUACAGUGUAUGGUAUAAGGCUGUGGGUAGUUCAGAAUGGAAAACCCACAACGUUUUUUCACCUAGAAGUUUAGAGGCUACUAUUACUGGUUUAAAUCCUGGUAGAGAAUACGAGUUCAUGGUAUUGUGCAAGGAUGAGAGUGGUGAUGGUCUUUUCAGUAAAUCAGUACGGGUAUGGACCAAAGGAGUAAACGGCGAAGCUGAUAGAUAUAGAAGCAAUUUAUUUCCGCCGGUAGGUUAUCCAAGAAACAUUUCUGUUUUUCCCACAGAUCAUGGAUUUGUGGUAACCUGGGAACCUCCGGAGUAUGGCGCUGAAAAUUUAAAGUUUUAUGUCGUCAGAUGGUUUGAAGAACCUGAAAAUCAUCUCUUUGGCUCGGCGGAAACGAAGAACACGUCAUACCUAUUAACGACGUUGUCGGAAGGUAUCGAAUAUAAUAUUCAGAUAAUAGCGGUUUCAGGAGAUGAUCAACAAGCAGUAAGCGAAAAAUUUAGUUUAUUAAUACCAACGUAUAAAAAAAUUCGGGCAGUAUCUACAGGUAUUAUUACAGGUCUUGCACUUUUAGUGGUAACAUUUGUGGCCGUAUAUUAUGCACGAAAGAAGUGGUGUGCUCCAUAUAAACAAAAUUUUAAAAGUAAUAUGUAAAAAAAACUUGUGUGCAGCAUUGAUGUACAUUUAAAAAUUUCAAAGAAUAUAUAUAUUUUUCUGCAUUUUAA